GUCAAAACGUAUACCUACUAUAGCUAUCUAGCUAUUAUACGUACAUUAACAACCAAACAUUAAUCAGAUUAUUCAAUCGAUAGAGAAUUUGAUUCUUGUUGACAUUUUUUGAUUGUAAUCAAAACAAAUAAAUGGCUUCUGAUAAUUCCGAUGAUGAACCUCUUUCAACAUUAGCAACAAAGACAUCGAUCCGAAAAAAAACCAACGAAGAAGUACCUAUAACUUCAGAUGCGAAUGAUGAUGAAUACUUACCAAAGAAAAAAAAGAAAAAGAAGAAUAAAAAGGCCAAUACUCAGCCAAAAAUUUCGUUAACUAUAAAGAUCAGAGGGAAAGGUAGAACACAACAUUUGCCCAAGGUUGUAGAGCGUCCUACAGAUGUCUGGUUAUAUCUUAAAGAUUUGAAUCCAGCUGGACCAUUCAGUUGCUUGCUGUGCUCGGAGUGGUUUAUAAACAGGACAAAAAUGAUUGUGCACUACGUAUUGAAUCACAAAAAAGAUUUUUGUGGUAUUUGCAGAUAUUUUGUACCAGAUAGGGAGGCAUGGUUGAAGCACAUAAAAUUCCAUGUACCAUGGCCUUGUUCUCAAUGUGUAGAGAACUUUCAAACAGAAGAUGAAGUGCGUCUACAUCUCAGUGGGGCUCACAAGUUGGUUCAUUGCCGUCUCUGCCACUUCAGAAUGCCUGAUGAUGACCAGUAUAAUAUGCAUCUACUCCAAAAGCACAAUGUGACAAAUGUGAACAGUAAAGAUGAAGAACAAUUGUGGGAAUUAGAGUCUGAAGGUGAUACUAUGUUUCUAUGUUUGCUCUGUUCAAAGUCCAAUAACCCAGCUCAAUCAUUCUUUAGCCACUAUAUGGGCUUUCACCAUUUUACAUUGAAAUGCUUUACAAGGAUUAUCUCCGGUCGGGAUCCUCCGUUUGCCGUAUUUGGAGCACAGGUCAGCUCUCAUUUUAUUGAAAAUCAGUUGAAAAACCAAGUUCGCUUUGGAUAUGUUGAGUUGGAAAAUAAACAAGGCGAAAUACCUGAAAUUGAAAGUGGUGAUGCUCAGGCUUUGUUAUCGGCUCUUAUACCAGAAAUCAAACAAGAAGUUGGAAGUGAUGAUGACAAAGAAGCUGUUGAUGAGAUAAGUAAAGAAAAUGAAGAAAUAGAUGAACAACGCAAUGAGAUUUUGAAGGCUUAUAAAGGUGAUGAAGAUUUUGACAUAACUUUAGUUGAAUUGAUCAUAAUGGAAAAGAGUUAUGUUGAAUAUCUCAACCAUACAUUGCUUGACAUCAAUGCUAAUGUAGUGCCGGAAGUGUCAGAUAUAGAAUAUGAGUCCGUGAAGGCGGAGUUCCCUUCUGAAGUGUCAUGUGGACUCUGUGGCACUAGACAUAAUACACCACACACAUUCACGGCACAUAUGACUAAAAUGCAUUUGAUGAAGUCAUUGCCAGUUUAUUGUUGUAGAGUGUGUGCGACAACCUUUGAUUGUAAGAAUGAGCUUGAAUCUCACAUAAAUGAGGAGCUGGGUGAAUUUGAUGAUUUGUGGAUCUGUCAGUUUUGUGAUAAGGAGUUUGAUAACAGGGAGUCGACGAGACGGCACUUGAAUGAGCAUUCUGAGGAGUUGGAGUUUGACAAUUGCUUCAGCCCGCACUUGGGCUUCAAGUGUAGAUAUUGCCCGAUGUUGUUUUGGAAUGAGCCUGAUAGGGAGGCCCAUCAAAUGGACAUCCACUUUGAGAAACAUAAAGAGGAUUAUUACAAAUGCCAAAUUUGUUCCGAACUAUUCAGCGACAAGGUGUUCUUCGUUCAUCAUUUCUUCGAGAAACACCAUAGCACAGAAACUGAGCCGCCCACCUUUCUUCUGAAGUGCUGUCGGUGUUGCCUGGUGUUGACCUCUCUGGAUGAGAUGCGGAGCCAUUUUACUGAUAAUCAUCCGGAGGCAAGGAAGAUAUACUGCUCCUUUGAUGCCUGCUUGUACAAACCUCUGAGUCACAUGAAAUCUUUUAAACUGCAUUUAAAGCUGGUCCACGCCCCCAGCAACCGAGUGGACCGCAGGAUCAACUGCGCGAUUUGUUCGCGCGAAUUCUCAAGUUCGCGCGCGUGCAGCACUCACAUGGCGCAGGCGCACGGCCCCGGAAAGUUCCGAUGUAAACUGUGCAGAGAACUGUUACACACCAAUGAUGAGAGAAAGCUUCACUACCUUCUGCGUCAUCCCGGCCGUCAUCCGUUUGAGUGUAAAGAGUGCGGCAAGUCCUUCCAGUACAAAUCCUCACUGUACAUGCAUCGGCAGGACCACGUGAAGAACAAACAGAUAUAUAAGUGUGAAGAGUGCGGGAAGACUUUCUUGAAAAAGGACUCGUUCCGCGAGCAUCAAAUGAUCCACGAAGGGCCGCGCCACGCGUGCUCCUACUGCCCGAUGCGUUUCGUUCAGCGCUCCAACAUGUUGCGUCACGAGCGAAGACAUACGGGAGAGAGGCCUUAUGCGUGUCCGCAUUGCCCACGCACCUUUGCUGAUAAAGGAGCGUGUACUUCGCAUGCCAGAACCCACUCGAGAGAAACAUCUUACGGCUGCCUGUACUGCGGACAGACGUUCGUGCAGAAAUCCAAAUUAACUUACCACAUCAGGAAACAUACGGGAGAAAAUCUAGAGACGUGUCCGAUCUGCUCAAAGCAUUUCACAAGCGGGUGUUCGCUGCGGGAACACAUGAAGAUCCACGACGCCAAGAAAGAUUCCGUCAAGUGUCCCUUGUGUGACAAGCACUACAGCGACUCGCGCUACAUGCUGCGGCACCUGCGCACGAGCCACACUCGCGCGCAGCAUUCGUGUCCGAUUUGCGCGAAGUUCUUCGCGACCAGCACCGCGCUCAAGUACCACGUCAUCACACACAGCGAACGUGACACGUUCAAGUGCAAAAUAUGCCCUAAAACGUACGCAGUAAAGAAGUCAAUCGUAAAGCACUUACGCAAGCGACACGGCUUGAGGGAUACUGAGGUCAGUCUCAAAGAGUAUUAUGAAAGAUUAGACCCUAGGGAGUGCAAUUUGGGCCUUGACGAAGAAGAAAUGACUAGAAUCUUUGGGCCCUCUAAAAAUAAACAUCAACUAAUAAUACCUGAUGUAAAUAAUGAUAAUGGAGACGGCGCUGGAGAGAAAUCCCAUGAGGUGAUGAUAAAGAACGAACCUCUAAGCGGAGAUGAGGAGGAACUGCCUAUACCUACAGAUUUUGUGACGGUUAAGAUUGAACCGCAUCCGUUGUUUGAUGCCGAGGAAAAGUGAAAUAUGAUAGAAAAGUUUUUUUAGCCAAAAAUAGCUUUUAGGGUUUUUCUAUUAAUAUGCCUCUGUCUGUCGCUCCAUCUGAAACCACUUCUGUCGAACGGUAAGACGCUUGUAAAUCUUACAGAAUUAUUUUGAUUACAACUGUUAUAAGUAUAAAAUUAAAUGCUAAGAUUUAAAAAAGUUUAUAACUAUACCAUCUAUAAAAAGAAAAAACCAACAAACACCCAGUGUUGCUAUGUGUGUAUGUUUAUUUUCCUACUCUUUGUAGAUAAUAGUAUAUCUACAAAGAAUUAAGGCCAAGUCUAGCCAUUCGAUUUUUACGAAAUAGGUAUUUAGAAAAACACAUGCUAUUGCUAUAAGUUUCAAUCAAAGAAAUAACGAUUUACAGUUGCCGAUAAAUUUAUCUGAUCUGUUGGAAAUUAAAUAAAUUAAAUAAACAAAACCAUGUAUUUUAACUUGUCAAUAAUAUUCAAAAACCAUUAAGAUCGAAUAAUAUUUAGACGAUCGAUCUUAAUUCUUUAAAAUAUGUAAAAUAUUUCAACGUUUAUAAAAGCAGUUUUAUAUAAUAAUACCCGAACUUAUGCAUAUGGAUGAUAGUAUUACGUACGCAUAGUGUUAAUUAGUUGAUAAUAUUUAAGUAAUUACUUGUAUCCAGUUGUUCAAAUACAGAAAUAACAAAACGGAA